AUGGCUACUGCUUCCUCUUCAUCAGGCUUCGACCGGCGACAGUCGCUUACCUCUACAGCCACAGUUCGAUCAAGCCUCCGUCAAGGGCGACACCAUGGGUCUCCGCAUACACCGCAGCAGCGACAGAUACUAUCGUCAUACACGGGCUCUACCUCUCCUGGGUCGUCGUUUCGGCACGAAGAAGAUGCGGUGAUAUUUGAGUUGGGAUCUCGGUAUCUCCGUGCCGGGUUCGAAGGCGACAACUCCCCAAUAUGUGUCGUUAGCUUUGGUCCGGAGGGAGGACGAAGAGUCGGGGAUUAUAGGGGAUGGAUAAGAACCGGUGGGCAUGAGGGAACGAAUUCAAGUAAAGUCCACAAAAAUGUGGAUGAAUGGUCGAAAAGCUACGAGCUUUGGAGCAUGGAUAUCCGAGAUUUUGACAUUGGGCUAUUUGAGGAUAAAGUGGAGCGAACGGUCCGUGAAGUUUACAACAAGUAUCUUCUCACAGACGCGGGCUCUUCGCGGCUGGUUAUUGUGCUGCCGCCAAUUGUCCCUCAUCCGCUUCUCUCAUGUCUCCUAUCAACCAUAUUCAAUCGUUGGAGAUAUCCUAGCAUAACUUUACUGCCGUCUGCAGCCAUGGCGGCUAUUUCGGCAGGGUUAAGAGCUGCACUUGUUGUUGAUAUUGGAUGGGAGGAGACCACAGUUACUGGACUUUAUGAAUAUCGAGAAAUUCAGUCGAAACGAAGCACUCGUGCUAUGAAAUUUCUAAUGCGCAAAAUGGGUUCCUUCCUUACAAGUCUAGCAGAAAACUCGCGAAAGAAACACGAAUCCGAUAAUAACAAUGGGGAUGAUGAUGUAAUCGCGGUGAGCUUUGAAUGGUGUGAGGAAAUAGUGACGCGGUUAGCCUGGUGCAAAAAUAAGGGAAAUACUGAGCCCACUGAAAGGAUCUCUGAGGAGUCUUUCCCAAGCCCAGAAGAUUCACAGCUAUACGAUUACAAUGUCACUUUGCCGUCGCAACUAGGCGAUGCUACCACUGACAUGAAUGUCCCGUUCGCCAAAUUUUCUGAACCGGUUGAGGAAGCUUUGUUUGCUGGAGGCGUUGAUGCAAGAAACCUCGAUGAUGAUGAAAUGCCUCUUGAUCAUUUAGUCUAUUAUGCCCUCCUUGCUCUUCCGCCGGAUAUCCGCGGCGCAUGCAUGUCGCGCAUCAUUUUUGUUGGCGGGGGUUCGAAUAUUCCAGGUAUUCGUCGAAGAAUAAUGGACGAGGUGGAGUUCCUUAUAGGGAGCCAUGGUUGGGACCCCGUUAGAGGGAAGAAUGUUAACAAACGCCGGGGGCAGCUUCAGGAAAUUUCUAUGAACCAACAACGGCCGGUUAGCUCUGCUUCGAAUAGAAGCACCCAAGGAGAUACUCAGUCAGAGUCGGCUACGAAUUUCGUUGACGAAAAGCUGGAACGUGCCAACAGGGAUGCCAAACCAUAUAUGCAUGGGGUUCUUCGCCAGGUUGAGUCUCUCGGGUCCUGGGCAGGAGCUAGUCUUGUAGCCAGCCUCAAGGUCAAAGGAAUCGUGGAAAUUGAAAGAGACAAGUUCCUACAGCACGGUCUUGCGGGAGCAAGUCGCGACUCUGACCUAACCCACAUUGCAGAGCGACGAUCCGGAUAUGGGCCAGGUAUAGGCAGAUCAGGUGUCGAAAGGUCAAGCUGGACACUCGGUGAAUGGGGUUAA